UGAUCCCUCCACCCUCACUCUCCAAGCAACCUCCCUCCCUCGCUCGCUAUAGUGCCCACAGAUUUCAUUCUUCUUCUUGCUCAAGCUUGAUUCGUCCACUGCUUCAAAGUGAGCUGGCUCUGAAACUGAGCUGCCUUCGCCAUGCAGAAUGAUGGCACAGGAAGUGAGCUGAGGAGCACUCUAAUGGCCGAGCUAGCUCGGGCUCUGCAGCUAGUGAGUCAGCUGCAGUCCCAUCUGGAUCACCCUUCUGCCGCUGAGCUCUGUAAGUCUUUAGCGACCGAAAUACUCUCCUCCAUCGGGAAGUCGAUUCUCAUGGCGAAGUCCGGCGAUCCCGACGGCGAUCUGCAGGCCGGCAACAGCCCUCGCAGCGAGAACUCCAGCCCGGCGUUCAGGGACCCCGGUCGUAGGGACUUUAUGAAGAAAAACUCGGCUUGUGGCAGGAAGACGAUGCACAAGUUGACGAACCAAGUGAGGCUCAUCCCCGGAGUUGGAGGAGUCGAAGGCCCUGUGGAUGACGGCUAUAGCUGGAGAAAGUACGGACAGAAGGAUAUCCUGGGAGCCAAGCAUCCGAGAGCUUACUACAGGUGCACGCACCGCAGCUCCCAGGGAUGUCAGGCGACGAAGCAGGUACAGCGGUCGGGCGAGGAUCCCCUGGUGUUCGACGUCACCUACCUCGGGACGCAUACGUGCCUCCAAAGGCCACAGAGAGCCCCGACAUCGGCAUGCCUCGGACAUCAAUCAAGCUACACACUUGAGAUGGAAGGCGUACACUGUGAGGAGGAAGCUUGGGGACUGACCUCUCUUUCCUAUGGAUCCAUGGCGGUAAUGGGUGACACAGCAGCCGACCUCUUCUCCUCCCUUUCCUCGCCGCCUGCCUUCUCGUCACCGUACCAGAUCAGUAGCUUCGAUGGCGGCAUGAAGCUGCAGACUUCAGACUCCGACAUCGCCGAGAUGAUAUCCAGAGGCGAUUCAGCAAGCAAUUCGUCCCUGGUGGACAUGGCUUUCAUGCUCCCGGAGAUGGACUUCGCCCAGAACUUUCAGUUCGAUGCCCCCGGUUUUGAUUCGUGCAGCUUCUUCUCAUGAACAUCCAUCUCCUCAAGCUGGUGAUGUAGGUAGAAACAGAGGGAAUCACCAUGGUUGUUCUCUCCAUGAAUUCAAAGAUCAACUAAGAAUGCUUGCCGCAAUCAAUUAGUGUAAAGAAAAUAGAGUCAGGAACAGGGAAUUCUUACAAGAUAAAAAAGUAUGAUACAGAAAACAUCAAAAUUUAUCUUCCUAAAGUCGGAGAAGAGCGACUGGUUUGCCAUGGCAUAUGCCUCAUCCAAAGCAAAAAGUUCUUGGCAUUGGCUGUUUGUCGUGGUGGCAGUGGAGAUCACUUUGUCCUGCAGUGUGAGAUAGGAAAUACGCACACUUUUGCCCUGAAAUAGACAUCCAAGUCACAUGAAUGUACAAGAAGCACUAAUAUCUGUAUCUAACAUAAACACAACAUUCAGUGGACCAAUGAGGGAUAGAUCUUUAAUAGGGCAGAAAUUGGAGAGAACUGUUAAUCUAAACAGUUGCUUCAGCAUGAAGAUUCGAAAUAGAAUGCAGUGGGUCAUUAGGGAGAAGAAGCUGAAGUUGCCAGGUGCUGAUACAUGUUUAAGAUGGAUCUCUGCAUCACAAUCACAAUCUGAAUGACUCCUAUCUUUCUUUUUUAAGAUUACAGUAUACUUAGCAUCAGGCUGUCAAUAAUCUUCUGAGCACACUACAGCAACAAGAUUAUAUCUAGCCGACUCGCAUCGCCUCCUUGGUAAGUAGUUCAGAUAAUAUGCAAAUGCUCGUCUCUGAAUUAUGUCCUUUGUAUUUGACUCGGGAGAAGAUUGCAGACAAAGGCCUUCCGGUGAUCCAUCCCAUCUUGCAAAGAGUGACUUGAGCUCACAGAUCUCUUGUACCAAAUUAGAAUAUACCAAGUGAUUGCUGGGGAAGGGUCUCCGCAUCGCAUGAUUAAGAAAAAAGAGAGUGGUUUCAGAGUGAGCAAUAGGAAAAAUAUAUUCAGACAUAAAAGGUUCUGAAAAUAAAAAAGAAAA